GGGGGCGGUGCUUACGGCGGGCAGACGGCGCACGCGCCGUGGCCGGUCCCAGACCGGGUUCCACGGCUGCUGACGGCGGCGUCUGCGUCUACGUUUCCGUACGGGUGGCCGCGCGGCCCUGGGUGGUGUGUAGAGGAUGUCGAAUGAGAGAAUCCCCCACUCAAGUCAAACUCAGGAUCAAGCCGGUGUGCAGAGUCAGUAUGUCUGUGAGAGUGAAGGCGUGACAGUCAAGCGGGAAAAUGAUGGCGGGGAGCUGGGGGACAGCCUCCCUUCUUGUUCCUCUGCCAGUGGGCCAUCCACUUCUGCCGAGGGGCGUCUGUCUGAAGUUCCGAGGUUACAAGUGGAAAGUAGACAUUUUGUCUUAUUUUUCAGGUCAUGUACAACAUCCCUAAGGCAAAUCGAUAAAAUUAUUGAACAACUUAGCCCUCAAGCUGCCACCAACAAAGACAUCAGCAGGAAACUGGAUUCCGUGAAACGACAGAAGCAUAACAAGGAACAACAACUAAAGAAGAUCACAGCAAAACAGAAACGUCUCCAGGCCAUCCUUGGAGGAGCAGAGGUCAGAGUUGAAAUAGAGCAUGCCAGUCUGGAGGAGGAGGAGGCAGACACGGGGCCGUCCUGCCUCGGCAGCAUGCUCAUGCCCGCUCAGGAGACCGCCUGGGAGGAGCUCGUCCGCACUGGCCAGAUGACACCUUUUGGUACCCAGAUCCCUCAGAAGCAGGAGAAGAAGCCCAGGAAACUAAUGCUCAAUGAAGCAUCAGGCUUUGAGAAGUAUCUGGCAGAUCAAGCAAAGCUGUCCUUUGAAAGAAAGAAGCAAGCUCGUAAUAAAAGAGCAGCUAGAAAAGCUGCGGCCCCGGUCACUUCUGAACUGAGCUCAACACUCAGUGAAAAACCCAACGAGAGCAGCAAAGUUCUCUCGAAAACAGAUAAGCGCUUGAAAAAGCACAUCAGGAAACUCCAGAAGAGGGCUCGUCAGCUGCAGGGGCAAGUGGGGCUGCCAAAGGGAAGGAGACCCUUGGGGUCUGACGCGAGGCGGAGGGCAGAGGGCGACUCUGAGGGUGAGGAGUCCGAGUACUUGCCCACCGAGGAGGAGCGCGAGGAGGCCGACCUGUCGGGGGAGGGCACCGACUGUGAUCCGGGGCCGGUGCUCAGUCGCGGGAAACGGCAAAAGAAAGUCACAGAGCAGGAGAUCGAUGAUGACUUUUUCCCGAGUUCCGGGGAGGAAGCUGACGCUGCAGGCGGAGGAGGAGGAGGUCGGAAAGUAGUGAGACGCCGAGAUGACGGAGAUGAAGAUUAUUAUAAGCAGCGGUUAAGGAGAUGGAAUAAACUGAGGCUGCAAGACAAAGAGAAGCGUCUGAGGCUCGAAGAGGAUUCUGAGGAGAGCGAGGCCGAAUUUGACGAAGGUUUUAAAAUGCCAGGUUUUCUGUUCAAAAAGCUUUUUAAGUACCAGCAGACAGGUGUUAGGUGGCUGUGGGAAUUGCACUGCCAGCAGGCAGGAGGAAUUCUGGGAGACGAAAUGGGAUUGGGCAAGACCAUCCAGAUAAUUGCCUUCUUGGCAGGUCUGAGCUACAGCAAGAUCAGGACUCGUGGUUCAAAUUACAGGUUCGAGGGGUUGGGUCCCACUAUAAUUGUCUGUCCAACGACAGUGAUGCAUCAGUGGGUGAAGGAAUUUCACACGUGGUGGCCUCCGUUCAGAGUGGCAAUUCUGCACGAAACCGGGUCCUUUACCCACAAAAAGGAGAAACUAAUUCGAGACAUCGCUCACUGUCAUGGAAUUUUGAUCACUUCUUACUCCUACAUUCGACUGAUGCAAGAUGAUAUUAGCAGGCACGACUGGCACUAUGUGAUCUUGGACGAAGGACACAAAAUUCGCAACCCAAAUGCUGCCAUCACCCUUGCUUGCAAACAGUUCCGCACCCCUCACCGCAUCAUCUUGUCGGGUUCACCGAUGCAGAAUAACCUCCGUGAGCUGUGGUCGCUCUUUGACUUCAUCUUCCCAGGGAAGCUGGGCACGUUGCCCGUGUUCAUGGAGCAGUUCUCCGUCCCCAUCACUAUGGGCGGGUAUUCCAACGCCUCCCCCGUGCAGGUCAAAACUGCUUAUAAGUGUGCGUGUGUCCUACGAGAUACCAUAAAUCCGUACCUGCUGAGGAGGAUGAAGUCGGAUGUCAAAAUGAGCCUUUCAUUGCCAGAUAAAAAUGAACAGGUCUUAUUUUGCCGACUCACAGAUGAGCAACAUAAAGUCUACCAAAGUUUCAUCGAUUCCAAAGAAGUUUACAGAAUUCUCAAUGGAGAGUUGCAGAUUUUCUCUGGACUUGUGGCCCUAAGGAAAAUCUGCAACCACCCUGACCUCUUUUCUGGGGGCCCCAAGAAUGUGAAAGGUGUUCCAGAUGAGGACCUGGAGGAAGAUCAGUUUGGCUACUGGAAACGUUCUGGGAAAAUGAUAGUCGUUGAGUCCUUGUUGAAAAUAUGGCACAAGCAGGGCCAGCGAGUAUUGCUCUUUUCUCAGUCAAGACAGAUGCUGGACAUACUUGAAGUAUUCCUUAGAGCCCGAAAGUAUUCCUACCUCAAGAUGGAUGGUACCACUGCGAUAGCUUCAAGGCAGCCACUGAUUGCACGAUACAACGAGGACACGUCCAUAUUUGUGUUUCUCCUGACCACUCGGGUGGGUGGCCUCGGAGUCAACCUGACGGGGGCAAACAGAGUCAUCAUCUAUGAUCCUGACUGGAACCCAAGCACAGACACGCAGGCCCGGGAGCGCGCAUGGAGGAUUGGCCAGACGAAGCAGGUGACGGUGUACAGGCUGCUGACCGCGGGCACCAUCGAGGAAAAGAUUUACCACCGACAAAUCUUCAAGCAGUUUUUGACAAAUCGAGUCCUAAAAGACCCAAAGCAAAGACGGUUUUUCAAGUCCAAUGACCUUUAUGAGCUGUUUACUCUGACUAGUCCCGAUACAUCCCAGAGCACUGAAACGAGUGCUAUAUUUGCAGGAACUGGUUCAGAUGUUCAGACACCCAAACGCCAUUUGAAAAGAAAAUUUCCACCGGCCUUUGGAACGGACCCUAACGUCCCGAUGGGCAAAACGUUUCCUGAUUCUAACACAUCUGCAAAUGAUGCCGCGUCCUCUGGAGAGAAAUCUGCAGCUCCAGGCGCUGAAGUGAGUGCAGUCAUUUCUAAUCCAGAUGGUCCUCCGAGCGAUGGCCCCGAGACACCUCGCAGUCCCGCCGGCGGGGAGAGACUUGGAGAAGAGCCGGAUGUGGCGUCCAGACCACAGGAGUCAGCAGGGACGAGUGGAAACGGGGAAGGUUCAGAUUCUCCAAGAGUCAGCAAAACAUGCAGGGCGCCUGGUGAGGACAGCAUCGAUGAGAGGGAGGGUCUUUCUGAUAAAAGAGAAAGCUGCCAGGGUCCGACAGAACCUCUUUCGGAGAAUGAGCAAACAGAAAAUAAUUUUCACAAGCACAAGUCAAAAACGAAGCAUCGUGUGGCAGAGGAAGAGACCCUGGAGAAACAUCCGAGGCCGAAGCAAAAGCCUAAGAACUCUAGACAUGGCAGAGAUGCCAAGUUCGAGGGAACCCGAAUCCCACACCUCGUGAAGAAGAGGCAGUACCAGAGGCAAAACGCUGAAACUGAGAGUGAGACCCAGGAACGCAGCAGUGACGAUUAUGUUCUGCAAAAGCUUUUCAAAAAAUCAGUCGGCGUGCACAGUGUCAUGAAGCAUGAUGCCAUCAUGGAUGGAGCCAAUCCGGACUACGUGCUGGUGGAGGCGGAGGCCAACCGCGUGGCCCAGGAUGCCCUCAAAGCGCUGAGGCUCUCCCGGCAGCGGUGUCUGGGAGCGGCGUCCGGUGUUCCCACCUGGACCGGCCAAAGGGGUGUUGCCGGUGCACCAGCAGGAAGAAAGAGCCGAUUUGGUCAGAAAAGGAAUUCCAGCUUCUCUGUGCAGCAGCCUCCUUCAGCAUCUCCGAAGGAGAAAUGCCAGGAUGGCACGAUGAAAAAAGAUGGAAAAAACCAUGUUUCUGAGCAUUUUAGUGGAAAAAUGGAAGAUGCAGAGUCUUCAUCCGGGGCCCUGACUUCAUCCUCACUGUUGGCUAAAAUGAGAGCUCGAAACCACAUGAUUUUGCCAGAGCGCUUAGAAAGUGAAGGUGUGCCCCUUCCAGAGGCUGCCGCCCCGCCGCCCUCCAGCGCAGAACACGAUGACCUGCUGGUAGAAAUGAGAAACUUCAUUGCCUUUCAGGCCCAAGUCGAUGGCCAGGCCAGCACUCGGGAGAUACUGCAGGAGUUCGAAUCCAAAUUAUCAGCGUCACAGUCUUGUGUCUUUCGAGAACUGUUGAGAAAUCUGUGCACUUUUCAUAGAACUCCGGGUGGCGAAGGAAUUUGGAAACUCAAGCCAGAAUACUGUUGAUCAACAUUACUUUCUGAACUUUUGAUUGACUUUUUCUAGUGAAAAUUUCUGAUUAUUAAUCUCAUGAUUAAUAAUCAUAUGUUUUGUCGAUGGAAGUUAGCUGCAUUUGAUGCUUACUUUGAAUGAUAGCUACCUCACAAUUAAAACUUUAAGGAAGAAGAAAUUCUUCUCUAAAACUUUAAAGUUUUAAAAAUACCUGGGUUGAUUUUUUUUUUCCCAAAAUGAAUUAUAAAAUCAGGGACCUAACUGUUAAUCCUUGGAACACAUUUGUUCUUUAACCGAGAAGAUGCUGUCAGGGAACACACUACUACUCAUUUAGAAGCUUAUACACCAGAACCCUCAAGAAUUCUUUUUAUUGGUGCUAAACAUGUCUUAUAGUUGGUUAGACAUGUUCAAUAAAUCGGUUCAUCAAUAUUUGAUAACACAUUGGUUUUGGUACCUAGCUUUUAAAUGUUAAAAUUUAUCAUUUGCCACCCAAAAAGAGAUUAGGUUUGUUACCUUUUGAAUCAUAUUAGUUGCCUUUAAAUGACCUUCCUUUUAACGUACUGUUAAAUUAGAAGGUAUUUUUACUAGUAAAGCAUGAAAUAGCUUGGUAAUAAACGAUGAGACGUGCAUUUGCAGAAAGUUGUAGUUUCCUCAGUUUACAAUAGCUUUUUUUUAAGCAAAGGGCAGGAAACUUUUUCUCCCCCACAGUGACUGUUGGUUUUAGGAAAAUGAAAUGUGUUACCUUAAAAAAAAAGAAUUCAAGCAGAACCAAAAGUAAGUAGAAAUAAGCCCACCAACACACACACAUGCCCACAACUGUCGCUCGAGACCACACCCAGAUAUACCGUCAUUACCACCAUUACCAUGGAGCACAAUUCCAGCCCCGCUCUCUGCCUGCAUGCUGUGCAGGGAACUUUGAACAUUUUCAUUUCAUUUUAGUCCUUGUUUGCCUUUCGAAGGAUUCUGAUCACUUUCCAUCGGGCAUCACUGUCCUCCUGCUCAGCCGUCUUCCUGUCUCUCUUCCGUUUGCACUCACCGUGGCUUUCCUGUCUCAGAGGUUUGGUUUCAGCUGCGUCUGUCCUGUGUCUGAGAGUCCGGGGAUGCUGUUGUUUUCAUCCUUAGUCUGUUCACUUGGGCUCGUGUUUCCUUCCUGCUCAUUGGCGCUUUAUCAUCUCAGCGCUGAAGUCUUAUUUUCUUAAAGUCAUUGGAUUCCUGAAGUGUCUCCCGGAGCUGUCAGCAGUGCAGUUGGUUUGUUUCUUGGAUUUGUUUCCUCUGGCCUGUUCUCUUUCCUCUUUCUGAUUUUUCUGUGUUAGGCCUGCCUUGCUCCCAUGCCAUUUGUUUACAUCUUGCUCAUGCUGAAAGUGGGCAGCUGGGUCCAGAUCUCUUGUAUGCUUUUUCCUGCCACCCAGAGAGAAAGGGUGUGGGCUUGGGGGUCAGGGAGAGCCUCUGCUGUCAGCGUGCAGCCUUUGGACGGAGGACUUGGGUUUUACUUUUCUGUUCUGAGACUGUGUUGAAUAGCUUGGCCAUGAGUCCCUCCCCUUAGACAGGAGAUGUUACAGACUCAUAAUUCCCACCAGGAUUUUUUGCUGCUUUUUUUGGAUUCCGGCUUGUUCAUUUUAUUCUGUUUUUAGAGUGAUUCGUUAUUUGAGGAGGAAGAUUCUAUUACUUUCCUCAUUCUGCCAUCAUUAUCUAGAAAUAAUAGAAAAGACCUUUGAACAGGUCAAUACCUCCUAAACUUGACCACUUGGCCCAGAAGGGAGUCAAAACUCAUAUCUUUUUUGGGAGGGGGGAGCUCUUUUUUUAUUUUUACUUUUGUAAUCAUUAGCCUGUAAGAAAAUUGCAUCCCUCUUGUUCUCAGACUGAGGUCCUGAUGCAGUUUCCAAGUGUGAAGUCCUUGGGCAUGAAAGCUCUAUUGUCUGAAAUCUAGGCUUUACUGAGCUAGGGAAGUUGUAAUCUUCACAUCAAGUAGAAAAUACGGUCAAAAGUUACAAUGCAUUCAAGGCAAGGUGGUUCUUGCUCUGCCGCCAGCAUGCUGUGACCUUGGGUAGGCACUGCCUCGCCUGUGUCUCAGUGUGUGUGUCUGUAAACAUUGUCUGGCCUCUGGGUGCAGAGACUUAGAGGAACAUGCUCUCAGUGUAAUGGUUUUAACAACACAGAGUGACUUACUCAUUUAGAUAGAAACUGACUUUGAGAACUUUAAAAGCUUUGUACAAUGUGGGUAGAUUUAAUGUAUUUAACAUGUUAUGUUGGUAUCAAGCUACAAUAAAGGAUUUAACAAUUUUAUGAAAUUUUUAAAAUCCCUGAGUUAAUACAUGAAUACACUGUCACUGUUGUAAAUAAAAUUCCAAGCAAUACUCUGCCUCCCCACCUCUCUUGUUCCUGUUCCAGAGAUAAGUACUGUAUUUGGUGUGUAUUUUUCUGGGCUAUUUUCAAUGCAUUUGCAAAUACCCUUGGCAGAGACUGCUGCUGGAAUGUCUGUUUCCCCUUCUUCCUUUACUGAUAAGAGUCCUGAAUUUCACCUGGACACAUGGCUGCUCAGCUAAAGACUCUACUUCCCAGCCUCCCGUAUAGUUAACUGUGGCCACAUGGCCAGGCAAUGGGAUGCGAAAAGAACGUCUAAAUUGGCCCUUAAAUAAGGAGUUGGGUGUAGCUGCCUCUCCCUACUCCCCCUUUUGCUGGCAGAGAGACCUAUGGGAGCUUCAGCGGUGACAUGAGGUGGACAGAAGUCAUGUGGUGAGGACGGAGAGGUUGGCCCCCUCCUGUCUUAAACUGCUUUCCUUUCACCUGUUACUUAAGAGCUAAAUAAAUUCCUGACUUGUUUAAA